AUGUCUCGCUUCUUAGACAGCAUUUCCACCAUCAUUAGCGUCUUUCACGAACACGCGAGGGAAGAUGGAGACAGCUCCAUCCUCAGCAGAAGGGAGAUGAAAGAAUUCAUCCUGAAGGAGUUUGCAGACRUCAUAGCGAACCCACAUGAUUCUCAAACCAUCGACAAGAUCCUGCACUUUCUUGAAUGGGAYGGCGAUGGGAAAAUAGAUUUUAAUGAGUUCCUGUUUCUGGUAUUCAGAGUGGCUAAGGCCUGCUACUGGUAUCUGCAGAAGGGACCGUGUCUUCUGCAAAGAACAAAGCUAAUAACCAGUGGGAAGUCACUUCGAGAGCCUGAAAUUAAUAAUAAAGGACACCAACGCCAGCUCCAGGAAGAGGAACCACAGAUUGGUGACAGUAAUCGCCAUCGAUCCUGUGAACCUCAACCACAACGUGACACCAGGGUUCACAAGCUCGAAACCCUAGAGGAAACAGAGAGUCAUCACCAGCAACGUAACACGCAAGACAGAGAUGAUGCAAAAAGAACCAGCAGAUAUGAAGAUCCAACAUCUCGAGUACAUGAAGAACGAAGCCAAGAGCCAAGUAACCGAAGUAACAUCCUCCAGCCACCUGAGCUGGAUGGACAAGAAGAUGAACAGAGCCACGAACGUGGCAGCUUGCAGGCACGUCGGCCUGAACCACAGGCAGAUGAGAGACAAAAUCAAGAGGGGCCUCGGCUAGAUCAAGUGGCAGACGUGAAGGGUCGCAACCAGCCAAGGAAGCCUCAACCACUACGAAACCGGUGGAGUAGUCGUGAACCACAAGAGCCAGCACCACAGAUGAAUGAUGAAGAAAACCAUCAUCCACAAGACCAAGAGGCAGCGCAAGAAGCAGCUAGAGGAAGGGACAUUCAGCCACAGAGGACUGAGUUACUCACAAAUGGGACAAGUGGCUAUCACCGCAGUGAGCUGGAAGCAGAAGAGAUUGAUGGUAACCGCCGCCAGACAAGGGAGCAGAAAGGAGUGCAAAGAAAAGAUGUGAAAUGCCUAUAUCAGUCAUAUAUUGAAGAACCUAUAGCAGUGGAACGAAGCUGCUAUGAAAAACAUGAGCCAGGAAGACGURUAUAUGAAGAAAUAACACACAGCUCAGAACCCAAGGCUGAGAACCUGGACAGACAGAGGAGGAGGAGGAUUCAAGCAGAGCUGCGUGAAGAAAGAGAUGAGGAAAUGAGAAAACAGGAGCCCUACGCAAACGAAGAAAGGAGGGAACAUUUCCAAGACCAAGAAAUAAACGUGCAGGGGAGGACUCGCCAGGGACGAGAGCGGGAAGAGCCCGCAMAGGAGWGGAGGAUCAUUCACUCCCGAGAUGUGGAAGCUGAGGUCUUAGAAAGCAUCCGAC